AUGAGGAACUACAAGGACUUUGGACCAGUAGAUGUGCAUCUUGCUGAUGAUGGAAUUGUACAAGCGAUUGGAAAGGGUGACAUUGUCAUGUCAAUGAUGACUCGUCAGGGCGUCAAGAAGGGUGUGCUCACAAAUGUGUGGCAUAUCCCAAAGUUAUCUCGAAACUUAUUUUCCGUUGGAAGAUUCAUCAAGGACGUGGGGCCUGUCACCUUUGAAGUCGAUGGUUGCUUCGCGGAAACGAAGGGUUUCAAGUGGAAACUAGGCGCUCUAGAAGGAAUGGGAUUGUUCAAGCUUUGUAUGACACCGGUGCUUCCUGCCGAGGUCACUGAGGCCUCGACAAAGAAGGAGGAUAAGGCUGGCCAGGCGAAAGACAAAGCUGGUGAGAUGAAGGACAUGGCUGCGGAGAAGGCGGGCCAAGCCAAGGACAUGGCACAAGACAAGGCUGGUCAGGCAAAAGACAAAGCUGGUGAGAUGAAGGACAUGGCCCAAGUAAAGACUGGUCAGGCAAAGGACAUCCUUGAGAAGUUUGGCAUGGAAAACAGCAAUCCUGUCAAGACUCCACAAGAACCUGGACUCAAGUUGACAAGGUCAAUGUGUGCAGAUGGGUGCAAGCAUGCGGAAACAAUGGCAAAUGUGCCAUACCGCAACGCCAUCGGCUGUUUGAUGUAUCUCAUGGUGGGGACCCGCCCGGAUAUCGCAGUUGCAGUGGGAGUUCUCAGUCAGUUCGCGGCAGAACCUUGUCCAACCCAUUGGCAAGCGCUAAAGCGGGUGUUCCGUUUUAUUCAAGGCACAAGGACGUAUGGAAUUGAAUUCCAAGCAACCAGUGAUGACAAGCUGCAAGGCUACUCGGACGCGGACUGGGCUGGAGAUGUCGAGGCUAGACGAAGCACAAGCGGGUACGCCUUUGUGAUGAACAACGGAUGCAUUAGCUGGAGAAGCAAGAAACAGAGCACCGUGGCUCUAUCGUCUACAGAAGCCGAGUACAUGGCUUUGACUGAAGCUGUACAAGAAGCAAUUUGGCUUAAGGCAUUCUUACAUGAACUCGGCGAGAUGAAUAGCGACGAAGCAGUCAAGAUCUACGAAGACAAUCAAGGUUCCAUCGCUUUGGCCAAGAACCCCGAGUUUCACAAGCGGACCAAGCACAUCGACAUUCGUUAUCACUUUGUGCGUGAAAAGGUGGCAGAAGGAAAAGUGGUCCUAGAAUACUGCUCGACCAAGGACAUGAAGGCUGACCUAAUGACCAAGCCAAUUCCUGCAUCACAGUUCCAGUAUCUUCGAAGUAUGUUGGGAAUCAAGGCGCCACGGUCUGCCGAGGCGAGUGGGAGUGUUACAAAAGAAAUGCCUCGGCAGGCUGAUUUUGUAAGAUGCACGUAG